UUGGGUAUACAAUUAAGUUAAUUAAUUAAAUAAGCGGGUUUAAAUAUUAUAUAUCACUGAAUAUUUAAUUUACAAAUUAAUGUCCAUCACCCAAAUUAUUUUUCUCACCAAUGAUUUUCACUAAUACGUACUGUUGCCUUUAAUCAAAAGAUUAAUUCAACCUGACACUACAUGUCGUAUUAGGCAACGCCUAAAACUUAAGAAAAAAUAAUUUUUGGUUUUCGUAACAUUUUUACCAACAAACACUUGAACUCAAGCGGCCAAACAAUAGAAUAAUAAAUAGAAAGCAAGCCUGAAUUUUGUUUCAAAAAUAAGUCCUACAAAGUCAUAUAAAAUAACUACUUUGAAUUUAAUGAGGUCAAGAGCAAGGUUCAACAUGAAUUGCCUAGUAAGUCUUAUAUUGGUAAUUAAUUGUUACUUGGUCACCGCUAAAGUGACGAGUUCACCUCCAGUGCUAAUCUGGGGCACAGAAACUCCGAAGCCUACGAGUAUUUUUCGCCCUUUUAAAUCCGAUCAAUUUUACGAAAUAAUACAAAAUUUGCAAAAGGACAACAUGAUAGUGAUUUACCUAGCGUCUGAGCUAGCCGCUAAGGACAUAAACUGCGACGUGUGCUUUCCCUACUUGAGCAAGAUCCAACCCAUGAACUACUACAGCCAGGUGGAAGAGCCACUGAUGGCCGUGGAGCGGGUCAGUGGGACGACCAAAGAGAUAAUCUGGCACAACCCCAUAAUCACGGAAAUAAAAAGGCUGGAGCUGGAAAUGGAGCUGCCUUGUGAAAAGGGCCAAAUACACGCCUUCAGAUUUAAGGAUCGAAAUGUGCUUGCUCAUGAUGCAGCCAUGGCGGUGGCAACCUAUCAGUUUACUGACUGUCCAGUGGUGCACCUGUACACUGCUUUCACAGAGGAAGACCGGGCCUUUCAGCGUCGUAAGGCCCAAAAGACGCGUCCCGUGCCCAUCCAAAUGGAUCCGUCGAAGAGCAUCGGUCCACCAACGGAUCAAAAUGAUAUCGCAUCGGGUCACGAACUGCAGAGUUACACAUACACCGUUGUUGAUAACAUGACCUUGCUGCGCCACGACAUGCUCAUCCUAUCGUUUCAGUACAUUCUGUUGGCCAGGAUGGAGCGACAGGGGCCACAGGCCUACUUUAACCGGACUAACGUGACCCUGCCCGUUGGCAAGGAGGAAGUGCAGAUGGGAUUGCUCAACGGCCGCGACAUUUACGGGGGCGUCGUUGUGGUUCUCGACACAAACAUCAGUCCCCUGAUCAUUGAGUUGAUGCCAUCGCAGGGAAACUGGCACUUCACCCGCAUCAUCUUCGGCAGCAACAUCACCUACUAUCCGCGCGACCUCGUCUUCUUCGGUUUCGACUUCAGCCUUUGCUGCCCGGACAUCACAGCCUUUGCCGCGGACGCCUCGCGGCUGACCAUCUUCGACUUUCGCCUGGAUAUCCUUUGGCAGGAUGACGAAAAUGGCAUGGACAUGGGCUACGAGGUGAAGCCGUGCUGGGGCUGUGCCGUAUUUAUGACUCCGGCCCUGACCCAAACCCUGUUCGUGAUGCUGGUCAUAGCCCUGAUACUCUGGAUCGGCCUGGCGAUGAUACUCUCGAUCGGACAGAACAAGUUCCCCCAGGUCGCCGGCGAAACUGACCUGCACAUCAAGACGGACAUCUAGACGGAACUGUGGUGGCGACCCUCGCCACGCUCUUUGAUGCACAUGCGGCACAGUCUACACAUAUUCUGCUAAUUCACUUGCUUACAAUUCUAAUCGCGUGGGGUCGCGGAUGGUGUGGGGCAAGGGGGGAUAUUUAGAGAUCGUAAUAAUAAUGUCAUUGUCGCGUUCCUUUAUUGUCUGUUUUGUAUUGUCAUUGCGAUUCCGCCUGAACUCUCCAACUGGGCUGCUCUCCACGGGGAAAACAAAGAGGUCACCGAUAAGCCAUAGGUUUUGCUGAGAUAUGCCCCAAAAAUUUUGAUUUGCACGUGGGGUGAGC